AUGCCUACGGUCUCAGCGAUGGUGUCGCGGCAUCCCAAGUCGUUCUUGGGCACUGAAUCGUCUAUGAGACUCACAAAGUCCAAGCCUUUAAGGAAAUGGAUGCCGUCUGGAGCUUGGGACUGUCAUAUGCAUGUUACAGACAGGAAAUAUCCUGUCGUCGCAGGGGCUGCAUACCAAACGAGACCAGGCCAAGGGAUUGACGAUGCCAUGGCCUUCGAGUCAACUCUGCGAAUCAAGAACGUCGUCCUGGUUCAACCAUCCAUCUACGGAACCGACAAUUCGUGUCUUCUCGACGCCCUUCGGCGCGUUGGACCUUCCCGCGGGCGAGGCGUGGUCGAUAUAGACCCGCGCGAAACCAAAGUGUCAACCUUGCGAGAAUGGCACUCACUAGGUGUGCGCGGUGUGCGGGUUAACUUCAUGUCCAAAGGUGUCACCCCCGUUCAUCAACAACUAGACGAUGCGCUCUCGAAGAGAGCGCGGCUCAUCCGAGACCUGGGCUGGAUGAUUCAGGUGCACACGCCCAUGAGCACGAUGCCUCACCUUGAAGAGAUAAUCCCCAAGCUCGGAGUUAAGGUCUGCAUUGACCACUUCGGGUGCCCGGAUCUGCCCAAGUUAAAAUGGGAUCAGGGGGCAUAUUUCGACCCGUAUCUCCUCCGCGGUUUCCCAUCGCUAAUGAACCUGCUCCAAGGGGGCCUUACAUGGGUGAAGAUAUCCGCUCCGUAUCGCUUCAGCAAGGAUGAAAAGCUCCGCGAUAUGGAUGUUCUAGCUCGAGAGUUCAUACGCGAGGCGCCUACCCGAGUGGUUUAUGCAACAGACUGGCCGCAUACUAGAUUUCGCAACGUUGACAUUGAACCUUUUACGGAAAUGUGUCUUCGACGAUGUGGCUCAUGGGCCGUAGCGAAGAGGGUGUUUCGAUACAAUACGGAGGAAUUAAUGGAUUGUCGACUCAAUAUCUAG